CCGCAAGGAAACCGGGGCCAGAGUGCACAGUGAACUACAGUGAAGCUACCGCAUUCGAGGCGCGGUGUAUUCUCAUAAAAUAAAGUACAGCGAUGGAGUUAAAAGGCAAGGUUGCUUUGAUCACUGGUGCCUCUGCCGGCAUCGGUCUAGCAUACAGCGAGGAACUGUUGAAACAAGGAGCUAAGAUUUCGCUGUGCGAUAUUGAUUCUGAAGUCGGAGAACAGGUCGCGGAUGAACUUGGCGCCAAGUAUGGUCGGAAAAAUGUGUUAUUCUGUCAGUGCGAUGUCACAGACUACCCGCAAUAUGAAGAAGCCUUCGAAAUGACAAUGAAAGUCUUCAGUCGACUGGACAUCGUGAUCAACAAUGCUGGCGUCAUGAAUGACAGAUUUUGGGAAUUGGAAGUGGAUGUAAAUUUGAACGGAGUGAUCCGAGGAACUCUCCUCGCAUACCGGUACAUGGGUAAGGACCGCGGCGGACAGGGCGGUACCAUUGUAAACACGGCCUCUACUGCGUUCGCCAGACCCCAAGUCUCCACACCAAUAUAUACCGCUACCAACUACGCUAUUGUUGGACUCACCAGAGCUUAUGGGGAUCAAUACCACGUGAAUUUGACUGGUGUGCGGAGUUUGGUGAUUUGUCCAGGCCUAACAGACACCGGCCUGGUCAAAGAGAUACGUAAACAACUCAUGUCGUCGGAGUAUGAAGCAGCUUGGCAAAGAGACAACGCGAAUAGUAAGGCCCAAAACGCUGAGCAUGUUGGCCGAUCGCUGAUAGAUAUUCUAGCGAAGGCACAGAGCGGCUCUGUAUGGGUCGUGGAGAAUGGGCAGCAGGCCAGGGAGUGGCGCGGCUAGAGUCAAAUUUUGCAUAUAUCAUUGGACUGGCUGAUUACACUAUUACCUGCUAAUUUGACUACAAUUUUUGACAACGAAGUCAAAAAGAAGUGGAUCUUGACCUUUAUGGUAUCACGAAUAGUGUAUUUAGCUGUACAAAUCAUCUACAUAAUCUCAUAAUUAGCGUUCCAAGUCAUUCUUAUGAAUAAUGUGCCGAAAUACCUCCGGGAAUGACAAUGGUGGAUGAAUAAUUACAGUUAUAACCAAGAUUUUAUUUUAAAGAACCUCCAUUAGUGACAUAGAUGACAAUAUUUUAUAUAGAACUAGACCAACAACAAUAUGCUUAUGAAUCUUAUAGAUAAUACUCACAAUAUACGUAUUAUACGGUGCACUAAACCAGUGCUCCUAGAUGGAAAGACAAUUUUUGUGGAUGUCUAUAUUUAUUUAUAAAAAUAAAUAAAACUCCUUUAAGAUUAUUAAUACUACAGUUAAGACAUUACUCUCAUGAAUAUUUUUAUUGACAGAUAAGAUUAGAAAACAUUUCAAUAGUUCGAUAUAAUGGAUUUUGAAACGAAAGUACACUUUGUACUGACGGGACAGGAGGAAUUGGUUUGGUAUAUCCUAUGAAAUAUUAUAUUCAAUAGAGCCAAGGUGAAAGAGGUUGUGUAAAUAUUUUGUUCCAGUAGGAAUAGACUUGUGUAAGCAGUAUUUAUAUUUUAUAAAAAUAUUCUACAUAAUGUAAAUUAAUUAAUUAUAGAUACGUAAGUCAUGUAUUGUGUACUUUCCUAAAUAUUGUAUUGAAUAAACUUGGUAAACUUCUUGUAUACAAAUUAUUUAUGGAUUAAGCUCGUACGUAUUUUAAUGCUUUUAAAGGUAAGUUACGAAUGUGAAACAUUUUGUUUGAAAUUAACUGGUAUUUGUUAUAUCAUUGUAUGGUUUUACUUUGAUAUUUUAUUUAUACGUUUUGUAGCGAGUUUGUUAUUUAUUAUCGACUGAUAUAACUAUUGCUAUUUUAUUGUACAAUACCAUUUGCAAUAAAAGAUAAUAAAAAAGGGGUCUAUUAUUUUAAAAUAAUAUCACUAUUUGGAAGAUUUGUUGUAAAGGUAUAUUUCCAUAAUAAUACAAUCACCAGGUACAGUUUUUUGAGUAAGAUUUUUACAAAUAUAUCCUAUUUCUGUCAACAUUUUGUUUCAAAUUUCCACAUCAAAAGGACUUACCAAACACUUGUAAGAAUAUACAUAUUUUACGACAAAUUGUUCCAUUUUUAUGAAUGAAAUUAAACUAAGUCCUUUUUUCAGAACAUUUACAAUUUAUACAUACUAUAUUUGUGUGAUAAAACAAUUGAGUUGCUCGAUAAAUUCUGGCAAUGAUCAAAAUGGCGAUGCCCACUGAUUAACCCCCAUUCGUAUGUGCUCCUAUAAACUUUCCAUUAAAACUAUACACUAAACGAAGAGAUUUUUGUUUAACUAAAGGUAGCACUGAGCGGCACAUACAGUGGCAUCGUCAUCAGACCGGACCAGCAGUCCUACUAUCACAUUUUAUUUAUCUACAACUAACAAUAUAAUGACAGUCAAUAAAACAGAGUCACACCCAUUUUUUAAUCUAUGGCUAAUUGCCGUACAAUAAGCGGUCAUUAGCCCACUUGACAAAAGACGGAGUCCAUCUGGCCAGCAGAAUAUAAA